GACCCAGAGCUGGUCCGUCCGUCGUCCGGCCGACUCGAGGCACCAGAGCCGUGGAUUUCGCGCGAGAUAUAGACCAUAAACACACACAUACACACACACGCGCGCGCGCGCACGUACACGCUUGCACACGUACGCAACGCACGCACUCACGCGGUGUACCGCGUGGAGAGACGAACGAACUCGCCUGGUGCCACACGUGCGCACACACCGGUGUGUCUCGGGGUCCACGUUACAAAGUUCAGUGUGUGUCACAAAAUACAGUGGAACAGAGGGAGCGAGAGAGCAAACGUGAGGGAGCGAAAGAGUGUGUGCGAGAAAGAGAGAGAGAGAGAGAGAGAGAGAGAGAGAGAGAGCGAGCGAUCCGCGCCACGUGCCGUUGGAGAAACUCGAGAGUGCGCGGGUUUCAAGAUGGGUCGAGUGUGUUACUGGCCGAGUUGAAACGCGUUCUUUCCGCAUGGGAUCGUUCAGGAAGUGGAUUAGCGCGCGCAGGGAGGUGCGGCUCCCUGACAGUGUCGAUGGUGAAGUACAGCAGUGAAUCGGUUGCUCUACGAGCGAAAUUGCCGAGUGCGGAACCGAGCCGGUCCUCGCUACGGCGUGGACCGAUGACGCGUCGGUCCGUCUAAGCAACAUUUUCCCCGAUUCAGCCGGGAACUCCGAUCAGGAAUCGCCGCUACCAGAAAUCAACAGGCAAGAAGGGAUGUCACGGAGAAAGCAGGCCCGACCGAGCCGUGCCCACCUCGAAGAGGAUCUUGUCCAGGGGCCUCUGCUGAUCAACGCCGUAGGAAAUGCAAACGAGACCCGAGAAGAAAAUGACUUCACAUCGGAUGGUGAAGAAAGUGGUGGUGGUGGCGGAGGGGUCGGAGGAGAUGAAGCCGUGGAUCUCACCGCAGCUAGGUCUCAUCAGGGCGACGAAGACGAUAAGGAUCAGGAGGAUGCGUUGGAGGAGGAAGAAGAGGAAGGCGUUGACGAGCAGGACGAGCAGGAGGACGACGAAGAAGGAUCGCGAAAGCAGAUGCGUCACCGACAGGACGCGGAAAAUAACAAUAAUUUCGUGGAGGGCGGUGCGCCUGCUAGCCUGUUUCCGCCUGCUGGAACCAGUCACGUCACCUUGGAAGCUCUUCAAAACACAAAAGUGGCGGUCGCUCAGUUCGCUGCAACGGCUUUGGCCGGUGGCGCGGACAGCGAGGCAGCUCUGCAAGACCUAGCACUGUUACAGAGUACAUUGUACACUCUUCAACAUCAGCAGGUGUUCCAGCUACAGUUGAUAAGCCAGCUUCAGCAACAACUAUCCAUCACACAUAACCAGUCGGUGCACCAAGUUCCAGGCGAGCCGUCGGAUGGAAAAGAAGUGUCUCCGUCUCCUAUCAUCCAGCCGAAACCUUUAUCAAGCUUGACGUCGCCUCCGUCGUCACGUCCUCCGAGUCAUCGGCAAACUUCGCCGGCUCCCAUGACGCCGAAUUUGUCCCAGGAACGACCGACUCCGACCAGCAGCGCUUCUCCUUUGAAUCUACCGAUGGCUUCGUCGAACGCGACGGGAACGAUUUCAACCACCAGCAGUAGCCAGAUGCCGAUGUCUCAUCAAAUGCCACCACUCUGCUCGAUCAGUUCUUCCCUAGCGUCAUCGAUAAUAACAAAUACCGACCCACCGCCGUUACAUGAGCCGAAUACCCUGGAGAUGCUGCAGAAGAGAGCCCAAGAAGUAUUGGACAACGCCAGCCAAGGUCUAUUGGCUAACAAUCUGGCCGAUGAACUUGCGUUCAGAGGCGGAAAGGGUUCCCGUCUUUCCCCGUACGACUCAAAGUCUGGUAGCGGUCGCGGAGAGCCGUUCUUCAAGCAUCGAUGCCGCUACUGCGGCAAGGUGUUCGGCAGCGAUUCAGCGCUUCAGAUCCACAUACGAUCGCACACAGGUGAGCGACCCUUUAAAUGCAACGUCUGCGGCAGCCGCUUCACCACGAAAGGGAACUUGAAGGUCCACUUCCAGAGGCAUACGGCCAAGUUUCCACAUGUUAAGAUGAACCCGAAUCCCGUUCCGGAACACCUGGACAAGUACCACCCACCCCUGCUACAGCAGAUCGCCUCUGGUCAGAGACCGAUGCCGUCCCCACCGCCGCCGCCACCUUCUCAUCAUCCCUCUUUUCACCCGGCGGCGGCGCACGGUUUUUUACCUCCUCAACCACCCUUACCCCUCAGUUUAGCCCUGCCCGGUAUGUCACCCUUGUAUAGAUCGCCGGUCGUCACUCAUCGGGAUGAUCAGGACGUGCCGGAGAACUUGAGUAAGCCCGUAACCACUGCCCCGAUCACGUCUCCACAUUCCCCCGCGAUUGUGUCGAACUCUCGUCAUUCCUUCCACGACAAUCACCAACAACAAAAGCAGCAGCUCGAGCAAAGGGACGAGAUCAAGCUCGAGCAGCGGUCGCCCAUGCAGGAGCAAUACCAGCAACGGCCCAUCAGCCAGGAAGCCGCUGAAAGGAUAACCCCUAAGAAAGAACCGGAGGAGACCGAGGAGCCCACGGAAGAAGAGAGCGAGGACUUUGAAGAAACAACUAGACGGUACUUGAACUCACCUCAAUCCUCUGCCAAUCCACUCUCCCAUCCGCAAACUUAUGAAGACUGCAGCAUGGAUAGUAAAAUGAGCGGACGAUUAGAAGGCGAUGGGGAUAUGGAAGUCGACGAGGAGAUCGAGGAACAACCAGAAAACUUGUCCGGCCGAGGAACCAUAAAUCGUUUACCUCAGCAGAUGGUUGCCUAUCCUGGAGCAUCUCCCGCUAGCAGUAGCGCGAGCAGCGGAAGUCUUCAAACAUCCUUCGCGGGGAUUCUCUUUCCGGGACCGCCCGCGCAUCAUCAAAUACCCCACCAUGCUGCUUCGACGGCUGUAAACGCCCCCAUAGUAUCGACCGGUGACAUGAUCGAUCCAGCCAAGGAUCCAGCAAUUUACUCCAGUCUGCUGCCUCGGCCGGGUAGCAACGACAACUCCUGGGAAAGCUUGAUCGAGAUAACGAAGACCUCUGAAACGUCGAAACUGCAACAGUUAGUCGACAAUAUCGAGCAUAAACUGACCGAUCCUAACCAGUGCGUGAUCUGCCACAGAGUGCUGUCUUGUAAGAGCGCGCUUCAGAUGCAUUACAGAACCCACACCGGCGAACGUCCGUUCAAGUGCAAAAUUUGCGGCCGCGCGUUUACCACGAAGGGCAACUUGAAGACGCACAUGGGGGUGCAUAGAGCGAAACCGCCGCUCAGAGUGCUCCAUCAGUGUCCGGUCUGCCACAAGAAAUUCACAAACGCGCUUGUCCUGCAACAACACAUACGCCUACAUACCGGCGAACCGACGGAGCUCAGUCCGGAACAAAUCCAAGCUGGUGAAGUGAACGAGUUCCCGUCAGGUUAUCCUCACCACCCGUUGGCGUCGUUUCUUCCUCAGGGCUUUCCAUCGAUUCAUCCCGCGGGAACGGGAUUUCCGCUAGGUUUCCCACCAACUCGGCAACAAACAUUGGAACGACAGCCUCAGGAGAACGAUAUGGAUGUUAAGGAAGACCUCCAUCAGCAACAGCAUCAACAUCAACAUCAGCAACAACAACCGCAACAGCAGCAGAGGUAUACCGAGGAGCACAGCGAGGAGGCGGAUGACCAGGAAGACGAAGAGGAAGACCGCAGAGAAGACGAAGAGCGGUGUGACGCGAUCCGCGAGGGUCGUGGCGAUAUAGAAGACGACCAGGACCGUGAAAGCGAAGAAAACGAGCAGAAAGACGUCGGUCUUCCCAGUUUCUCCACUUCCCUCGCUGCACUUGAAAACCAGGUGCGAACCAUCACCACCAUAGCGACUUCUACGGCGGCGAACGCGGCCAGGUCGCCAUCCUUCCACCGAUACAAUGGCAGCGAGAAGAGUAAUAGCCCGCCAAACACGGGCGCACCCCUAGACCUGACACCCCGCGCUUCGUCGACACCAGCUUCAGUGGCAUCGGUACCAACGCCGCCCCCGCCGACCGCACUACACCACCCACACCCCUUCGGCAUGUUCGCAGGCCUCCUUCAAGCGGUCUCCUCGUCACCGUCCACCAGCAGCAUAGGAUCCUCGAGUAUAAACAGUAUCAAUUCGAUGAACGCCGUUACUCCUGGAUCCAGCGCAGCUGGACCACUGGCUUCGCUUACCACGUCGGCUGUGCUGGCUGCCACGUCGACCUACAACCCGCUCGGCCUGGCUGUCGGAGGGCCAGCAGUGCGUGGAAACACCACAUGUAAUAUCUGCUACAAGACAUUUGCGUGCAACUCCGCGCUGGAGAUCCAUUACCGAAGUCACACGAAGGAGCGACCUUUUAAAUGCAGCAUAUGCGACAGAGGCUUUUCCACGAAGGGGAAUAUGAAACAGCACAUGCUGACCCAUAAAAUCCGCGACAUGCCGCCCCAUCUGUUCAGCGAUUCGAAACAGCAGCAUCAACAGCAGUCGCAGGAACACGAAACCUCGAGGAGUCCUAUGUGCGCCGAGGAUUCGAGCCUGCCACCACCGCCGCCGCCACCGCCACCCCCUCCGCCGAUGCCGCCGACAUCCAUCGAGCAAACCAUACCAGUGAAGAGAUCUCCGACCGAGGGAGACUUGCCAGCGCCAAAGAGACCAGCCAGCGUGCCGAGCAAACACUUGUGCCAGAUUUGCAAUAAGAAUUUCUCCUCAUCUUCGGCGCUCCAGAUCCAUAUGAGAACUCACACAGGCGACAAACCGUUCCGAUGCACCGUCUGCCAGAAGGCCUUCACCACCAAGGGCAAUCUCAAGGUGCACAUGGGCACUCAUAUGUGGACCAACGGAGCCUCUCGACGAGGCCGUCGAAUGUCACUUGACCUACCUCCCCUACCCAUCACACCCAAGGACUCGGAGUUUCUUCAACGACGGCCGGAUCUCUUCUACCCGUAUCUACCCGCGCCGUUCCUUAACGGCGUACAGCAGAAACUGAACGAGAUCUCGGUGAUUCAAAGUAACAACGGGUUACCGGGCCACUCAGUGGCCACUGGAAAGUACGCAGGUUUGUUCGGCUCGGUGUACGCGGCGGGGGCUGGAUUCCCUCUAGACAAGCAGCCCAUGGCGCCAACCAGCAACGGCCCACUGGUCGAUGGGAAGUCCUCGAUUCCGUCGGGGUCCAUGCUCUUCCAGACGCCGUCACCAUCCCACUCUCCCGGUACUCCGUCGUCCAAUGGCAGCAAUCAAAACUCGGCCAGUGUUCCCGCGUGGACAGGUGACGCUCUUCAGCAUCACUUCGACAGGGAGCCUCCGAACAGAUCGGAGAACAACUCCACGCCACCCUCGGCACGACUUCAGCCGCCCCCGGCGGCUAGAGGUGAAGGAUUAGCCACGUGAAGUUCGACCGGUACAUAUCUUACUUCAGCGAAACUUCACGCGAUCGGGAACCGAACUCCGCUCUAGCUGCUAGAGAGACGUUCACGUAGAGCUGACAGUGUUUCAGUGCAUCCGAGCCGAAAGAUUCGGGACCCGGAGUCUGACGACAUAUCCUUCUAACACCCAGGGCCAGCAGAUACCAUGUUCCUAUUGUCACACUAGUCUUAAACGUGUUAAAGAGGACCGAUGGGCCCGGUAGCUGGAGUCCCAGCGUCAGCGGGUCUGAGUUUCGGUUUCUAGAACCCUGCGACGUGGUUUCGCACGAGGGUCCGACGGAUGCGGCGCCUAGACUGAGCCGUUGGGCCGCAAGACACGUGGUGCCGCAACGUCCCGGCCCUCCGUACUCUGACCGUCCAUGCGCGACAGUGAUGGUCACCUCACUUAGGGUUAUUUUGCGUUACAAAUAUAUACAGGGUAUCUCGUGUAACUUGACCACCGUCAGGGCUCCCGUUGUCGUCGACGACGCGACCAAGCGUCUCGAGUCUUCUCAAUUUCCAGCAUUCCGACCUUGAGAGCAACGAAUUCCGUUAAUCGCGAUAUUCGCGUCUUCCGAACUCACGAUUCCUUCCUCGGAUUACAUCGUCGACGAUAAGGGGGGUAUUCGAAAUGCUAGAGUUACGCGGUGUAUCCUGUACAAGGAGAUAUAAAUAUAUACAUAAAAAAAGAGAAAGAUUAUAUAUAUAUAUAUAUACAUAUAUACAUAUAUAAAUAUAAAAUAUUAUAUUGGUGCGAAGGGGUAUGAGUGCGCAAGUUGUAUACACGUGCGAGUACGUGCGUCACUUUCUUUUUUUAAAGAAGGUCGUGUUUAGAGAUUUAGUGGCGGGCCCGGCAACGCCCCUCGCUGUGAUAUGAGAGGAGCAGCCUGCAAUCAUUUAAACCAAUGUACUUAUACUUUGUACCAUAGUAUUAUUAUUUACACUCGAUGUACAGUACGCACCGCGACGAGUCCCGUCAUUCUUUUGUAUAGAAAGACAACCGACGUCUAUUUGUGUUCUCCCAAACUUCGUCAAUUUCAACUAUUUCUCGAUCAUGCGUCGAUAAGCUGCUGCAGGGUCGAAGUUCAAUUCUUUUCAAGUGGGCAAUGUGUCGGGAUUUAUAUCAAUGGCAUUGAAGAUUUAAAUGGAACACAAGAAAACUUUGUUUCGGUCCGUGUCGAUUGUCAUAGCAUCGACUAAAAUUAACGUUAACAUCUGAAUCCAUGUAUAUUCGGCUCGAAUCGUUCACGAGCGUACAAUUUGUAGUUCCUCCCUCCUCCUCUUUCCCCUUCUCCUCCUCCCCCCAACUUUCACGUUCUCCUUGGGCCACGUGAUACGCGAUAACUGUCUUUACAACGCCGAAAUCUUGUAAUAUAGCAAUGGUCGCUCUAGAAUAUGAUAUUUUGUUACACAGUCGCGUUACAGUGUAUACAAAUUAAAAAAAUAUAUAUAUAACGCGAAUGUAGCAAAAUAUUACGGUGAACAAAAAGUUUCUUUCGAGUUACCUUCCUUCUAUCUAUGUUCUUUCUUAACGAUUGCUUAAACUAAAUAAAAUUAUGUAAGUUUCAUGUUAUACAUAAGAUAUUGGAAUUUUGGGAGAGAGAUUAAAACGUUGCUGCAAAAUAACGAACACAGGUUUUCCGAGAAUUAAUUAAAAAAUGUAGUAUUUACACUAUUGCAAGAUGAUUUUGCGGUACAACUUCUCUGUUCCACUGUCAGUUGAACGCCCUCUAUCUUGGUUUAACCCCAAAAACGCCGUACUCCAUUUAUCUGGACUGACGACGCCACAGUACCUAUUUAGUUAUUCGAACACUAUUGUGAAUGCUUAUGGGAAUUCGUAAACUCCAGUUAUAUGGAUCUAGUUAUCCGAACCUGGUUGUCCCCCAACCGAUUCGGAUAAAUGGAGUUCUACUGUAAUGUAGUACAGUAGAGCCUACCGUAUCCAUACUAAUUGGAAGACAAAAAUGACCGUGUAGCGGAAUUUUUCGGAUAAUAGAAUAAUCACCUUUUUUUAUAUUAAAUUUCAAUUUAUUCAAAUAGAUAACUUACAAAAUUGACAACUUGUUUCAAUAUUUAAGGAUUCCAUAUUUCUUUCGCUGACUUAAUCGUAUAACUUUCACAACAUCAAAUUCCUUUUUCAAAUGCCAAGAAUGUUUCGCCGUGGGAAGGCACGUUAACUCAUCAUUACUUUCGUUUAUUGUUUCAACCAAUGAAAAAUGUAUGUUUUUAUUUUAUUUAUUAUAUUUAUUAACUUUUAUUUAAUGUUUUUUUUUGCAAUUCGGAUAAUAAAACAUUCAGAUAUAACGAUAUUUGGAUACGGGGGAGCUCUACUGUAUUUGUAUUAUAUAGGAUAUAGUUGAGUUUCGAAAAUGUUAUUGUGAGCAUAACGAUCAGGUGCUUAUAAAAAAUUUAGUCGAUCGAUGAACAGAGCAGACGUGCCCUAAAAUUAUCCUACAAUAAUGUAAAUGAUUAAUUUUUUGAACUCUUUGAGUGCUGAAUUAUUCAAAAUCAGUGAAAUUACCUUUAGGUAUUGCAAUUGCUGGGAACGAAAUACUAUUUUGCUGGAAUGAAUUUUGUCAACUGAAUGUACAAGGCAAUGCUAAGUUAUAAUUGUAAUUAUUUUAUGCUAAAUUAAAUAAUACAAAUAAAAUGUAGAGGUCAGCAUCUAUGCCCCGACUGUUUAAAAUCAAUUCAACGUGGGUCGCACCUUCAAAAUUCCACCAAACACGCGAUAAUGCCUUUUUCGAGAAGCGGUUUUGUUAUCCCACCUGUUCUGUAACUUGUUAACUGAGUUAUAAAAUGGUGUAUGUAACAUAAAUAUCCUACUAUUUGUAUUUAGUUAAAACAUUCGUUGAUAAAAGAUAUAGAGGGAAGGAAGAAAAAUCAAAGAAAACUUCUGUUCCAUCCUAAUAAAACGCAAAUUCUGUGGCUGCGGUGCGAAAUAACCACGCAGAACCACCUCCAAACAUUCUGAACUCCGUAUUUGUAAAAAUUAAUAUAAAUCGAUAAAUCGAUGAAUAUUCUAUUUAACCUAUUUAACCGUAAUUCUUCGUUAAAAAAUUGCAUUUGUCGAGUAAUUGUACAGCGAUUUUAAGGCGAUUGCGUUAUCGCUAUAAUGACUUAAGAAGAAAUCGAUAAAAUACAUUUUGCGACUUUUCUACUCUUACAAGGAAACAUAUCCAACCCCAACACACCGAUUUUGAUGAAACUUAUGUAAGAUAUAGUACUCAAACAAAUAUUACACACAUAGUUUUUUUUUUUAUUGGCAAUCGUAUUGAAUUGUCAAAUUUUUUUUUAAAUUAUGCAUUUUUGAAUGGGUAAUUCACUCAUGCCAAAAGAAAUUGCUUAUAUAAUUUUUUUAAAUAAUUUAUUUUUGAAAAAAUGUCUCUUUUGUUAAUUUUUCUUACUAAAUGUUGUUUUCCAUUUAUGAAAAUUUAUAUGCGUAAAUUACAGGUUAAUAUAGGGCUUACAUAUUUUUGGAAAUUUUGUUUUUCACCAUAUAAUAAUAAUUAUAUUAAAUGAGGAAUUCCUUCUUCCGCGCCAAGAACGUGGUUUCUUUACCUUUCUUUUUUUUUAAGUAUGGAAGACUUUAAUUUAAAAUUUAACACAAGUCUUUAGUACUAUUUUAGUAUGAUGUACAAGUUGUUAUGGAAAGAUUUACCUAAAAAUAUACUUGUUACGGCCCGAUGACCGUGACGUGGUAAUGGAAACAUUUUGGUGAAACUUAUGUGAGAUAUAUUAAACAAAUAUUUGACAAAUAUUGUUACUCUAUAGAAAUAAUUGUAUUUUGGUGGUAAGAGGUCGAAGGGAGUAUAGGUUACAAAAGCUUCUGACCAUUGGAAUGGUAAUUAGCACCGCAAGCAAACAUCCCUGCGACACCUCUCUUGGUGUUUGAAGGUAAAACUAUCGAUAUUGUAUGACACCCUCUUCAAAGUAUCGUAAAAAUUUAUGAUAUUUUUCGGCAAAGCAAGAAUGCAUAUAUUUCAUUGUAUGACGUGACAACAAAUUAUGUAUUUAAUAAGAACCUCUAAAUGACAAAUGACGGAUAAUUCCAAGAACACAUAUGUUCUAUUUUUGUCCAUAAUUUACGUAUAUCAAUAUACUUGAAAGUAAAUUAACGUUUAACCAAAAGAACUACAUAAAAAAAUAAUAUUUUUAACAUAUUAUUUAAACAAAUGGUGUUUCUUUUUCAAUUUUCCAUUACAUAUGAAUCCAUCACUCAAAAAUACAAGAUUAAAAAACAAGAAUUAUGGUUCUACACCUUCUAGUUUACGAGAUAUUUAAAAAAAUACAGUUUAAACCUCAAAAUUUACUGUUAUCACUUCUUCAAUAUGGACGAUUGCCGAUAAAAAAAAAUACAUGUCAAAUAUUUUUUUAAAAACAUGUAUAUUUUUAGGUAAAUCUUUCCAUCACAAUUUGUACAUCAUACUAAAAUAGUACUAAAGA